GUUCAGUGUCGAUUCGGUGUUGACUUUACAAUUGCUGUACGGCCAGCGAGUAGGCAGGCGGUGCCGUCACACGUUAAAUCAUCGAAAUUUCGCUUCGUCAUUUGCCCAUUUAUAGCCGCGGCGGUGGUGGGAUCUCGAAAUGAUGAAUCGUAAUAAAUUCUAAUCAACGUUAGAAAGACAACCGGCGAUAAGAGAGCUUGAAUUUUCGGACUCAAGUUCAGUCGUAAUUGGUCGUCCAGUAGGUUCAGUUCGCGCAAAGUCUCGGUCUUCUCGCAAUCAUGGAUCGUUGGGUAGGAAAGGUAGCCGUCGUGACCGGUUCCAGCUCGGGAAUUGGCGCUGCAAUCGCUAAGGAUUUGGCCAAGGCCGGUAUGGCGGUUGUGGGGUUGGCUCGUCGAGUGGAACGCGUUGAAGCGCUGAAGGGUGACUUGCCGGACUCGGCCAAGGAUCUGCUGCAUGCGGUCAAGUGCGAUGUGUCCAAGGAAGAGGACAUUUUGAAGACCUUCAGGUGGGUCGAGGAGAAGUUCGGAGGAGUUGACGUGCUGAUCAACAAUGCCGGCAUCCUUCGGCAGACGGAUUUGCUGGAUGCCGACAAUACCCAAAUGUUGCGUGAAGUGAUUGAUACGAACGUGAUGGGUCUGGUUCUGUGCAGUCGGGAGGCUUAUCAAUCGAUGAAGAAGCGCUCGGUCGAUGGUCACAUUGUGCAUAUCAACAGUAUUGCCGGUCACAAGGUGGUGGAUUACCCAAAAUUGAAUAUUUAUUCAGCGUCCAAGCAUGCGGUUACGGCCAUCACGGAAACGAUGAGGAACGAACUGCGGACGGCGGGAACGAAGAUCAAGGUCACGAGCAUCAGUCCCGGAGGCGUACGAACAGAAAUCCUACCAGUUGAAAUCAUGGACAGCACUGAAUACCCGCUCUUGGAAUCCGAAGACAUCUCCGAUGCGGUUCUUUAUGUGCUUGGCACGCCUCCACGAGUGCAGAUUCAUGAGCUGACGAUCAAGCCGAUCGGCGAAAAGUUCUAACGCGUAGGAGCUAGUGGCGACCGAUGUGUAGCAGUGUGGAAUAUUGCUAAAAUCGACAGGAUUGUGUGAUGAAUAAAUUUUUUUUUCUACAAUUUAUCAUUCACUGUGACCACAACCACACACAAACAGACGUAACACUUCGAAUAUUUUUUGAAGAGUUUUGCCAAUCAUUAACUGAGUGGCGUUAGUGAACAAAUUUCAAACUCGAAUAAAAACAAUGCGAGUGACACGGAUGGCAGUUGGAAAACUGCACUCCAAAUCACUUUAGAACUCCAGAAAUUUGAAACUUUA